AUGUCAUCACAUAAUUUUCAUCGUUAUCAAAUUGUUCCUAUAAAAAUUAACUAUUUACAAAAUAAAAAAGGGAUUAAUAUUUCGAGGAUUGAUACAUUAAACCUUCAAAAUACUAAACCAGAAACAUUAAAAAAAGAACUUGAAGAAUUAUUUAAUGGAUUAAAACAUGAAAGAAUUUUAUUACCAUCUGAUAUAAUUAUACCAGAAGAUAUGACUAUUGAAUUUCAUUAUAAAAAUCUUACUGGUGAUAUUGAUAUUGAUACAAUAAUUAAUAAAGAUUAUAAUUUUGGAUUACCUGAGAAAGCUGUAGCAUAUAUUUCUUUUAAAUUACUUAACGCAAUUGAAUAUUUAGCAGGAAAAAGAAUUGUCCAUAGAAGUAUAAUGUGCCCAAAUAUUCUUAUUGAUAAAAAUGGAAAUGUUAAACUUACUGGUUUUCAUACAGCUGUUUCAUUAAAUACCAAAAAACAUUGGAUUCGUAAAAGUGACAACAUUAAUGAGUAUGAUCCAGAUUUAUUAAAAGAUUGUCUUAAUUAUCUUGCACCAGAAGUCCUAAAACAAGAUCUUGUUGGAUAUCAUUGUAUUAGUGAUAUAUAUAGUUUAGGUAUUACAAUAUGUACAAUGAUAAAUGGAUUUACUCCAUUUAGUGAUAUGUCAGAGUUAGAAAUGUUAUAUGAAAAAUAUUGUGGAACACGGCCAAAAAUUAUUGAUUCAUCAAGUACUGUAGACGAAGAUGAUGAAGGUAUAUUUGAUAAACAUAAAGAAAAAAUAUUAAGUAAAGAGAUUCACGAUGUUAUUGUAGAGACAUUAGAUUGUAAUCCUGAAACUAGAAUUUCCCUAAAAAAUUUAAAAGAGCAUGCUUUUUUUAAAGUUAACGGUACCUCAAAAGAAAUUAUUUCAUAUGAUAAAAUAUUUAGUAAAAAAUAA